AUGGAAACGCCUAUAGAAGUAUUACGAGUGGAACAAAGUGGAAUCUCGAAGGAAUUGGCACGUUUUAGAGCUUGCGACACUGAAACGCGUAGUCUUUACUGUCGUGAAUGGGCUCAAUUUGUAUAUAAAAAACACUUUGUUUGGAACGCAAAGACGCAGGAAGAGGUCCCUGAGGGUCAGCAACAGAAUCAGCGUGGCGGUUUACAAGCUGGACCUUAUCAAAUUAACUUUAUCAGCGACGAGGCAGCGGGCGGACAGGACGAUGUCUAUAAAAAGGAGCGUUCAGCAUUGAUGAUUGACAAGUUUAUGAGUUUGGUGGACUCCUGGACGACGACACCUGCCCGUGCCGACGAAGAGAGCUUAAUCACACAAAUUGUUCAGGCCUGUAAACUGUGGACAACCUUGCCGAGUGGAUACUCUGGUUUGCCUGAUCUGUUUGAGCCUGUUGAAUUCAACCCUUAUCCCGAUGCGAUCCCUCUUGUCGAAGAUCCGAAAGAUCCCUCACAAUUACUGGAUCCACUCAUCAUUGAACGACAAGCCCUGUGCUUACCCUCUGAUUGCUUUCAUUUAUUGAAGAACUUGACUGGCGAUAUCCUGUUGUCACAUACCACACCGACAUGCAACCAUUCAAAGCCUACAGCAAAGACACCAGCCGAUUUGGACCUUGACAGAAAUAUUUUCAACGAGCACGAAGCAGUAGCUGUCAAAAAGGCAUUGGCUGAGCUCAAGAUCGCUUUGGAACAAGCAUGGCACCCACUCAACAACUUUUUGGGCCAAUUGGCAGAUUUCAAUAAGAGACGAUCCAAGCUGAUGGGGAAAGGAUGUCAGGAAACCAUUGACGAGUAUUACGCUAGCCAAAAGUUUGUUUCCUUUGUGGAUAUUUGGGCUAAACAAGCGGCUAAUUUCAAAAAUAAAAAAUCGACUCCUGAGGAAAUUGCCAAAGUAGACUCGCUUUUCGAACAGCAUCUUGAGCGCAUGAAGGAACUAGUGCAUGAAUUUAUGACGGUGUUUGCAGUGGCUCAUCUAAAGGAGAUCCAUGUCUUGACAAGCAACCUGUGGAAAAUGAUUGUACCCACCAUAUACGAAUUGGGAGAGCGCAUGGCAAAGCAUGAAGACCACAAGGGCAACAAGAACGCCAAUGCGUCUAAGAUUGGGGAGUCGCUCAAGGCAUUGGAUAUCGAUUCGCUAAAGAAGAUGGAGUCUACCAAGGAAGUGGAUGCAGCACAAAGCCGUAUCCUUGACAGCUUAACGGCAAAGACAGCCGACUACAUUAGCGACAUUGACAAUCUGCUCAAAACAUACCGUGAAGGGCGUGGCAAUCUUAGUGGUCGGUUGGAAAAACUCAACAAUAAGGAUUUCAAAAAGAAGAUCAAGAAGGUGGAGAGCGGCUAUUACACGAUUCGUCAGACCUUCCGUUACGAAGUUACCGAAAACAUCUUUCCUGAAGCCUUGUUCUGUAAGUUUUCCCUGGUGUGCUUGGAGCCCCUGAUGCAGGAAGGUGAAGUCAUGGAAGCUGUUACCAUUGAAAAGGAAGUGAAGCGAUUUGUGGAGUCUCACAAGGACUUGUUGCAGCAAAAGUGCCAUUUGUUGAAGGAAUUCGAGCAAGGUGUUCAAACCGGUCGUCGUGAACUCGCUGGUGUAUUGGGAAAGCUAUUCUUGAAAGAAGGUAUGCGUAUUCAAGGUGACAAUUUGGCUUUGAAGAGACAGCAAUCACUGCUCAAGUCCAUGGGUGUUGAGCCUGAUGAUCAGCCAAAGAAGAAGAAUAAGAGCAAGAAGAAGUCUAGCGCUACUAGCAGUGGCACAACUACACCUGCCCUAGUUGAAGAACUUGCCAAGAAGGCGCCUGCUGUCAAAGAGAAAGCUCCUGUCAAAGAAAAGACAUCUACCAAGGAGAAAACUGAUACCAAGGAAAAGGCUGCUAACAAAGAAACAGCUGAUGCCAGGGAAAAAAAGGCUGCUGCUAUUCCUACUGAGAAGAAGUCUCCUACUACGGAAAAGAAGCCUGAUAUUGUGAAGGAUGAAAAGUCCAGUAUGUCUAAAAAGGAGCCUAUCGUGGAUUCCAAGUCUGUGGUCCCUGAAAAGGAACCCACUGUUGAAAAGAAGAAGAAGCCUACUGCCCCAGCGAUGGAACCUACAGUUGAAAAGAAGAAGACCGCUGUGCCUGACAUUGCACCCUCCGUGCCUGAAAAGAAGACUGUUGCGGAACAAAAGCCUGAGCCUGUUAUGGAAAAGAAGAAGCCUGUGGAUGUUGCAGUAGGACAAAAGGUCAAAAAGAAGAAGGAGAGCAAGUCCGUAGCUGUUGAAAAUGAAGAUACAAAGACAUCAUCGCCUGCUAUUACAGAUCAAUCCAAUGACGUUCAAGAUUGGGACACAAUUAGAUCCUCUGUUAUGACUGCCGAAGCAAAUACAAACCAACUUGAACCUGAAGUGCAGGAUUGGGAGACUUUAAAAGCUCAAGUCAUGUUGUCAAACGAAAAGAAGACUACUGCGGUUAAUGUGCCUAGUGGAUGGUCCUCUGUGGCUGCUGCUGCUGCUGCUGCUGCUGCUGCUGCUGCUGUAAGCCCUGUUAGCUCGCCAUCUCCUGUCCAGCCAUUACAAAAGAAGUCUACACCUAUUUCAUCAACUACAACUACCACAUCUAUCACGCCAACUUUAGAUCAAUGGCCAACAGCACCUGCUACCACCAAAUCGCCUAAAUGGUCCAAUGUUGCAGCUGCCUCUACAUCAGCAACAACUGCUUCAACUGAUCAUGGAUGGUCUAAUGUCGUAGCUUCUUCUUCCAAGGCUGCUUCUCCUCCUAGCGCCAACAAGGAAAUAAAGAAAGACGUUAGUUUGGGCGGUUGGGGCACUUCUCCUUCUUCUUCGUCUGCUAGUGCCAGUGCUACUCCAUCUGCCUGGUCCAAGACACCUUCAACUAGUUCUGGCUGGAACACUGACAAAAAGUCCUGGGCUUCAUCUGUUGGCGAGAAAAAGAAACAAUCAACAUGUUCUGAUGACAAAGCGUCGAAUUUAUCACUUGGUGGAUGGGAAUCUCCAUCAAAAGCUGUUGGUGGUAGCUCUUCGGAUGACAAUUGGCGUGCUGGCCCCAAGAUGGCCACUGCUGCUGCUGCUACUGCUGCUGCUUCUUUGCCUGCUCCUAGCUGGGAUAAUGCUAAAUUGCCUUGGGAUGAUGAGCCUGCUACUGCUAUUGCUGCUUCCUCAAUGGCUACUACCCCAAUUAAGGAAAAUGUCAAGAAGCCUGCUGUAGCACAAUCGCCUGUUGUGACAUCAAGCCCUACUACCAGUGCUACUACUGCUUCCAAUCAUGGCGCCUUGAGUCCCACAACUCAACCUCCUCCUGGUAUGAUAAUGUCCAACAAGGUGGCUGCUGCUGCUGCUUCUGCUUCUGCUUCUGCUCCACCUCCGGGGAUUCAAGCGCCUAAAGUGAUGCCACCUGGAUUGGCCGCCCUUACUGCCCCUGCUGUUAUUUCUCCAACGAUCAAGAACAACAGUAGCUUCAGCUCCAUUGGCAUGUCUACUAUGGCAACUGCACCACUUCAGCCUACCUCAAAUCAAUUGCAAGAGCCAUUACCUCAUGAUCUGGAAGAGAUGAGUUCCGACAUGUUGCUAUUGAUUGUCAAAAAUCUGCACCGUGAAAAUGGAAAUCUCAUUCAAUCCGUUUACAACAUGCAACAAGAAAUGGGUAUGAUGACCAAUCGCUAUGCUGAAAUUAUUGCAUUAGCUAGAGAACGUGAAACACAAACUUUAGCCUUGUUUGAAAGUCGCAAACAAACGGAGAUGGAGGAAGCUCGCCGAUAUGUAUUGUCUUUGGAAGCACGUGUUAAACAAUUAGAAGAGCAAAGUCAACAACAGCAGCAGGCAAAGACGGGCACAGCUGGAUUCGGCAACCAGGAUUUGUUUGCUGGCUACAGAGAGGAAAUGGCGCCUCAACAGCAAUCAUCGCAACAGCAUCACAAUCAAAACCAUCAUCGUUCUCAUAGCAGAAAGCUGUGGCAAAAGAACACGGUGGUGCGUUGUAGCAAUUGCGGGGAGAUAGGUCAUGCAUCGCAGGAAUGCAAGGGAGUUUGCCGUUAUUGCGGUAGCCUCGAACAUCUCUCUGAUGCUUGCCCAUUAAAUUAA